AUGGGCGAGGAGCAGAGCACGGUGAGCGGCGGCGGCGGGCCCCUGGAGGCGCGGACCCCCGCUGGCGGCGCCGCGGGCCCCCCGGAGCCCCCGAGGCCGCCGGGGCACAGCGCCGGGGUGCCCGGGCCGCGCGCCGCCUCCUCCGAGCCGAGCGGCGGCGGCUGCGGAAGCGACUCCGGUUGCGAGGACGCCGGAGCCCCGGAACCCGCGGGGAUCCGGGGGGCCCCGAACUGGAGCAAGAGCCGGGCACCCGGGCAGCCCGCGGGACUGGCCCUCCCCGGGCCCCUCAACCCCCAGGCUUUGCAAAAGCAGCUGGCCGAGGAGGAGGAGGAGGAAACGGGGGAGCGAAAAGAGAGAGGGGAUGAACAGCAGGAGGCGCCCCCCGGCGAGGAGCUUGAGCCCCCGACCCGCGUCCGCGUCGGGGCCCCGGACGGACUGGUCUUGGACGUGCUGGGCCCGCGGCGCCCGCCCCCGGCCAAGAGACAAGUGUUCUGCUCCGUGUUCUGCGUGGAGAACGACCUGCCCGAGGUGCCCUCGGCGGAGCGGCUGUCGCUGCCCGCGUCGCCACCUCGGGCUCCGCCGGUGACCAACCCUCCCGGCACCCCCUCCUCCUUCCCCAGCCCCCAGCUGUCGCUCCCAGCGGACCCCUUGUCCCCCGACGGCGGCAGCAUCGAGCUGGAGUUCUACCUGGCGCCCGAGCCUUUCUCCGUGCCCAGCCUGCUGGGAGCCCCACCCUACUCCGACCUGGGUGGGGUCGGGGAUCCCUUUGCGCCCCUCAUGGUGCUGAUGUGCCGGGUGUGCCUGGAAGACAAGCCCAUCAAGCCCCUGCCUUGCUGCAAGAAGGCCGUGUGCGAGGAGUGCCUCAAAGUCUACCUGAGCUCCCAGGUGCAGCUUGGCCAAGUGGAAAUCAAAUGCCCUAUCACUGAGUGCUUUGAAUUCCUGGAAGAAACAAUGGUUGUCUAUAACCUGACACAUGAAGACUCCAUCAAAUACAAGUACUUCUUGGAACUUGGCCGUAUUGAUGCCAGCACCAAGCCGUGUCCGCAGUGCAAGCACUUUACAACCUUCAAGAAAAAAGGACAUAUUCCCACCCCUUCCAGAUCAGAAAGCAAAUACAAAAUCCAGUGCCCCACUUGCCAAUUCGUCUGGUGUUUUAAGUGCCACUCUCCUUGGCAUGAAGGUGUUAACUGCAAGGAGUACAAGAAAGGGGACAAACUGCUGCGCCACUGGGCCAGCGAGAUUGAGCGCGGGCAGAGGAAUGCCCAGAAGUGUCCCAAGUGCAAGAUCCACAUCCAGAGAACUGAAGGGUGUGACCAUAUGACCUGUUCACAGUGUAACACUAAUUUUUGUUAUCGAUGUGGGGAGAGAUACCGCCAGCUCCGUUUCUUUGGAGACCACACCUCAAACCUCAGUAUAUUUGGAUGCAAAUAUCGCUACCUCCCAGAGAGACCUCACCUAAGGAGAUUAGUGCGAGGGUCAGUCUGUGCUGGAAAAUUGUUCGUUGCACCUCUUAUUCUGGUCUUGGGAUUAGCACUAGGGGCCAUAGCAGUUGUCAUCGGUUUGUUUGUAUUUCCUAUCUAUUGCCUUUGUAAAAAACAGAGAAAACGAUCACGGACAGGAAUGCACUGGUAA